AAAUUGUGAAUCCAAUAUGGCUGCCGGAGAGGAAAGUUUUGUCAGCAUAGGUAAGGCAUUUAAAAUACCAGAAGAAGAUGCUCCAAAGAAAAAAGCGCUCCCUAUACACGAGCAAUAUGCAACUGAUAGUGAGGGACGUAGGAGAUUUCAUGGUGCAUUCACGGGCGGAUUUUCUGCUGGUUAUUUCAACACUGUUGGAAGCAAAGAAGGAUGGAAACCAUCGACGUUUAUUUCUUCUCGAUCGAAAAGAAUCGAAUCAUCGCGACAAAAACCUGAGGACUUUAUGGACGAAGAAGAUUUGGGAGAAUUUGGGAUUGCGCCUAAAAUGGUGGAAACAACUAAACUUUUCUCCCAAGAGAAUGAUAAAAAUAAGAUAGAGAAGAGAAAGAUAACGGUUGACGUCACGCAUGAGGAUAGUAUAGAUUGUAUGAUGAGAGAUGCUAUUGAUCACUUAGUUGUGCCAUGUCGUAUGUCAAUUGGUGUAAAACUUUUGAAAAAGAUGGGAUGGAAAGAAGGACAGGGUGUAGGUCCUCGUGUGAGACAAAUUUCAAAAAGGAAGGUGUACGGUUGUGCUCUUCCUACUGGUCAUGAAAGAGAUGCUGAAUAUGAUAUCUAUGCUGAAGGACUCCUAUUUGCUCCCAAAGAUACCGUGCAAGUAAGGUUUGCAUCUAAGGAUAAUCUUCAUGGUAUUGGAUACAAAGGUAUGCUGUUACCUGAAACAACGCACACUUCCAAACCUGGAUUCUCUGGAAAUUUGAAGAUCAAAGGACAGGCAUUUGGUGUUGGUGCAUUUGAAGAAGAAGAUGAAGAUGUCUACACCCAUGAAACACUUUCAAAUUAUGACAUCGAAAUCCAAGACAAGAAAACAUCGAAUUCAGACUUUUACGGUUGGACUGGGCCACCCCAGGUUGCCAUUGAAGGUGGAGCUCUUUCGUCGUUUAGCAAGAGCACAAAACAAAAACCGGCUAAUAAAGUAUUUCUUCCACCAACUAUACCACGUGGAUAUCAACCAUUUUUGUAUGUUAAGGAACAAUCGGAUAUAAAGGUGGAUAAUAUCGCAAUAUCCUCCAAACUUUCCUCUGGGGAAAGAGGUAAAAUACUUGGAGAGCAACCUCUAAAAAAAACUCGUAAAUCAGUGCUGGAUUUUUUGAGUGUAAAUGAUAGAGAGCGAAUAUCUUCUGUCAAAGAGAAGACUAAAGUCAAUUCAUUAGCUUUUGUUUCUACCGGAUUUAAGCCGUUUGCCAAAGACCCUGCGAAACAAGAACGCUAUGAAAGAUUUUUGGCAUCUCAAACCAGCGACGAAUCACUAGGAUCUGUAGAAAUGCGCAGUUGUAAUUUGACUGAAUGGGAAAAAGAACGUGAAAAAGAAGAGUUCUCGAGAGCUGCAAUGCUUUAUCAGCCUUUGAAAGGAAGUAUAGCUGCUCGUUUUACUCGAGGUGGAAGUAUUGACGACGAAAACUCACCACAGAAUUAUUCAAAAUCGCUGAGUGAUGAAACUAAAUCUUCCGAAGAAAAAGCUGCUGCCAUGAAAAUGUUUGGUAAACUAACAAGAAAAACGUUUGAGUGGCAUCCAGCGAAACUUCUAUGCAAAAGAUUUAAUAUUCCCGAACCAUAUCCAUCAUCGACCAAAACUGGUGUUAUUCAAGACAAGAAAGCAACAUUUAACCUUGGUAAGGUUUUUGGAGUCAUUCAAACGAACGCAGAAAUCCCGUCAACAGAAAUAGUUCCUACCUCAACGCAAGACAUCAUUAAAUCAAAUUUGGUUGAUGUCAUCACCUCAAAUUCUGAGAAUAAUAAAGAACAACAUUCCCGUGAUGCAAGUGACAGUUUAAAGGAAAAUAAUACAGAGAAGCCAUCAAUGGAUUUAUUUAAAGCUGUAUUUGCGGAGUCUUCCGAUGAGGAAUCUGUUAAAUCUGAUGAUGAAGCAGUAAAGACCGAAGAUGCGGAAAAUCAGGAAACAAAUACGAGCAAGACCGAUAAAUUUUUAUUUCUUAGUACUGAAAACGAGGAAAGAAAACUCGAUCAAACUUCGAAAAUAACAGGAUGUAUUAAAACAGCCAUGCAGUCUUGUGAUGUAGUUCUUAGUGACAGAAAAACUGCUUGCGAAAAAAAUCUGGCAAUUGAUACAAAAGUUAGCUCUGGGAACAAUGCAUCUCGUGAUGAGCCUGCGUUUGGUACAAGACCAUCACAACUACCACCAGUAGGUAGUGUGAAACUGAAAUUUCAAGGUCGUACACCUGCAUUACCUAUUAAUGAUACUAGUGAUGUUGAGCCUGCGUUUGGUCCAAGACCACCAACACUAUCAUCACAACUACCGCACGAAGGUAGUGUGAAACUGAAAUUUCAAGGUCGUACACCUGCAUUACCUAAUAAUGAUACUAGUGAUGUUGAGCCUGCGUUUGGUCCAAGACCAACGACACUAUCAUCACAACUACCGCACGAAGGUAGUGUGAAACUGAAAUUUCAAGGUCGUACACCUGCAUUACCUAAUAAUGAUUCUAGUGAUGAUUCUAACGGAGACUUAGCGAGAAAGAAACACAAAAAGAAUCACAAACGCAAAUCGAAACGUAAGAACAGGGAGAAAGUCAAAAGCAGAGAUCGUCCUUAUAAAGAACAUACUAAAUCCAAUCAACGUGAUCAAAGAAUCGAGUGUUCCUCUUCGACGCACGAGUCGAGCAAAUCAAGAGACAUUUCUGAUGAUAAGCAGAUUUUGUUGAAACUCAAAACUGUUCAAAAGAGGAUGUGUGCUGCCGAUUUCAUGUAGAAAAUCCUGUAAAAAGGGCAACCUGCGAUUGUUUUACUAUACGCAUGGAAUUUGUUUAAGAUAACUUGACUUUUUACAUCAGUUAUAAUUUUCCAAAGAUACAAAUCCAUCUAUUGCAUAAAUUAAAAUCUCUCGACAUUCAUUCUCAACGGAUUACAAAUUUGAGCUGUAGUGAAAUAAAAAAGUCAAGAUGAA